AUGAUGUCUGCCAAGAGACAAAAGGGUAAUGAUGGAAUGUCCCAGAGAACUCCGAAUAAUCUUCGUGCUUCUCGUCCUACUCGGGAUGAUACAUCUGAUGAUGAAGACAGCUAUGAUCCUGAUGAAGAGUCUGAUGAGGAAGAGAACCUGUCUUCAUCUUCACCAAGAAAAGUUACUUUCGACACGAGUGCAAAUGUUAGUGUUGCCACUCCAGCUGCACCAAUGCGGCAAUAUAUCCCUGAUUUUGACAGUCUGCCUAAGUCAGGAGUUUGGGUCUCUCCUGCCCCACGCAGACAUGUCAACUUUGAACAAGUUGUAGUGCGCACCACCAAAUGCGAUAUCUGCAACAAAAAGAUUGGGUCUAAAACCGAAUACAAAGUCAUGCAGAGAUGCAAGGACUGUAACAAACAGUUUUGUCGGGCGUGCAUGCCUCGGCUUUCUGUAGACACUCGUCAUUUUCCAGUUCUCGAUCAACUGGUAUGGGAUGCUCUGACAAAGCCUAAUGAGAGAACUCGGCCCUUGAAUAAUUUCAAAUCGAAUAUGUACCACCAACCUAGGUCCGAAGUGAAGCUUUCCAGACCCAUGACUCCCGCGGAAAGACUUGCAUCUUCAAGGGAUAUACUUCCUGGAACCUUCAAGAUGACGGCUAUUUUCGCUCCGCCACCUUCACGACCUUCUCGCGCUCGACAAGGCAAGGCGGCUUCUACCAAGAAGUCAAAGCAGAAGCGCAAGCUCCCUCCUGGGUACGAAUCCGAUGAAGUCGAUGCCCAUUUUGAGCUGGACUGGGAGUAUAUUCAAAGUUUGCCCUUGGCGGAUCAACGAAAAGCCAAAAAGGAGGCGUACCAACGAAAUUUGCUUAGGAAAGCUACUCUUGAGGUUGCGGAGGAUGAUGGUGAUGAGUUUGACCUAGUAUCACAUCCUACUCGAACCCCUUUGCCCACUGCUGGUUCCCGCCAGGUCAAAGCUCGCUCAGUUGCUACUGGACGUCAAUGCCGAAGCAGUACAAAAUCAACCAGCAAGUCUACCUCAGGACCACAUACCCGCGUUGCUACUACCGGUGAUUCCGAAAACACCACCAGUGAGCCUUUGAGAAAUAUCCUGGAUGGACUUUCUAGAAACCGCAGAGUUUCACAGGGUUCUGCACAAGCUCAACUUCUUCCGGAAGCUGAGGAAUCCUUUACUGACCAUAGCAAAGGCACCACUUCAAUUGAGGAUGGCAGCGAUUAUUACCAAGAAGAGCUUCGAGUUCAGAGCAAUGCUGAUGAAGAAGGCUACGAGCUCGAUCAUUACUCGAAUUACGAAUAA